AUGUCUGUUUCACAAUAUUCCCGCGAUCAAUUAGAUACUCUCUGCAUGGCAUUGUACAAAGCUGAAGAUGGGAUAGCUUUGACAAAGUUGUUCUCUGAUAAUAUGAGUAAUCCACUCGUUAACCCAUUGUACGCCUCACAGCCUGUACUGAUAGCUUACAUAUAUACCUUACUGUUCAUGGGAAAGUUCGAUCUUAUGUUCGAAAUGAUAGCGAAAACAAGUUUUGAAGAAGAUUACUUCAAAGAGUUGCAAGAGCUAUGGUAUCAAGGAAGGUACAAAGAGAAUGCUGUGAAACGAGGGAAAGAGCUUGGUCCUGUAGAAAAGUAUCGGCUGAGAAGAAAGUAUCCACCUCCUGCCAGUAUCUGGGACGGCCAGGAAACUGUUUAUUCUUUUAAAGAGAACAGCCGAAAGAGACUCAGAGACUUCUACCAACAUAAUCCUUAUCCCACCUUGGAACAAAAGAAAGAAAUUUCCAGAGUCACAGAGUUGAAAAUCGUACAGAUCUCGAACUGGUUCAAGAAUAGACGACAACGAGACAAAACCUCUAAAGAACAAGCUUAUCAAAGAGAAACUUUACAACAAACGUUAGCUUAUAACAAUAUUCCCAUGAUGCAAACAGUGCAGCUUAUUCGUCGUUAA